AUGGAUUACUAUAGAAAGUAUGCAGCUGUCAUUCUGGCCACCUUGUCUGUAUUCCUGCAUAUUCUUCACUCCUUCCCAGAUGGGGAGUUUAUCAUGCAGGGUUGUCCAGAAUGCAAGCUGAAGGAGAACAAAUACUUCUCCAAGCUAGGGGCUCCUAUUUACCAAUGCAUGGGAUGCUGUUUCUCAAGAGCAUAUCCAACUCCAGCAAGAUCAAAGAAGACCAUGCUGGUUCCAAAGAAUAUUACAUCAGAGGCCACAUGCUGUGUGGCCAAAGCAUUUACAAAGGCCACAGUGAUGGGCAAUGCAAAAGUGGAGAACCAUACAGAAUGCCACUGCAGUACCUGUUAUUAUCACAAAUCUUAG